GUACAAUAUCUAAAGACUGGAAUCCAAUCCAAAAGUCGAUUCUAGUCUAAAAAAAAAAGAAGUUAAAUACAAUAUUUCAACUGCGCUGCGACUGCGAUUCGCCGCAAAAGUAAAAUCAAUCCCAACUAUUCUACAAUCUACAAUUAGAGCUAAGUUAAUCUUCGCACAUAACUGCCCCGAAAAAACUUUAACACAAAAUCAACUAUUAAAUAAAUUAGAAGAAGAAGCCCUCAAAAUGUCAGAAUAAUAGCGUAACGAGAUGGAGGCGAAUCCCAGCCCUAGCCCCAGCGCCCAGCCAAGCGACAGCAGCAGCAGCAGUAGCAACAGCAACAGCAGCGAUAGACAGGCUGGCCAGGGAUAUUGUAAUUUAUAAUCUAAUACCUGCCCCCGCAAUCGCAAUAAUAAUAGUUUAAAACUCCUUAAAUAAUAUUUAUCAAUAUGUUGCUGUCGCCAUCGCCUUUGCCAUUCCUGUCGACGUCGCAAUUGCUAGGCAACCUCUGUAACUCGGGUAGAGUUUGACUCGGUUUUGUAUUCGUUCGUUUGAGUCAACAACAACGAAAACGAAACGAACAGCCCAGUAAUCAGCUCGGCACGGCACGCAUUACAGAAUUUCAGAGUUCAGCUUCAGACAUUUUGUAAAUAUAUUUAUCAUCAGCGCAAUAAUCGUAAUCGUAGUUUCUUCGUUUUCGUUUGGUUUUGAUUUGGACAUCGUCGUUUCGUCGUAGUCGUCGUCGUCGUACAUCGUACCCCGUACCUCGUACGUCGCCCAUCGUUCAUCGUCGUUUGUCGUUGCCCAUUGCCUAGAAAGAGAAGAAACUAAUUGCAUAACAUAUUUGUGUUGUGUGGUACUUUUCGGAUUCGGGUGUUUUUGUGUUUCGGUGUAGUUUGUUAGUAGUUUGGUUUCAGUGGUUGCUGGUUUGGUUUGGUUGGGUUGCCUUUGGCUUUGACUUGUGCUUUCGGUCGGCUUCGGCGUUCGACGUUAGACGUUAAACGUUCGGCUUUGGGUUUUAUCGGACGGACCGGACGGGUAGAAAUUGAUUGUUAUUGCUGCGCUGCGCGGUGGAGGCACGGCCAAAACCUGGACAGCCGCUACCUACCAGCGGAAAGUAGCCGUAGCAAGAAAGGAAUAUCAUCCACUUCCACUUGUACUUCAAUUUCCAUAGCGACAGCCCACAGCAUAGCUUGCCACAAAAAUCUGUGGUUAAGCGUUGAAGUUGAGAAUUGAAAAGAUUGAGAUUGACACAGGAAUAGGAAUAGGCAUAGGCAUAGGCACAGGCAUACAGCUCGUGAGCGAGCCAGAGCCAGAGCCAAGAGCGAGAGCGACGUCGACAUUUCGAAACGAAAACGAAACGUCCCAUCGCAUCCCAUUGAUUCCGCAGUCAUAGUCGAGAGGACAUGGCCGUGUUUUUGAUCAACAUCUGCAAAUUCAAUGGCUGCGGAAUCACAUUUCCUAGUUUGGGCGAUCUGAUCCAGCACAUCGAGGACACUCACAUUGACUAUGAUCCAAAAGUUGUUGAACAAAAAGAACAAGCACAACCUGCUUGUUUACCUCUCAGCUAUGUACUGCGUUUCAUAUCGGAUGCAGCACGCAAGGAGAGUCCAUUUUUGGGCUCCUCUGGAGUGGAGCUCAAACGAAAGCUGGCUAUCAAACACCAUAGCUACAGCUUAUCGUCUUCAAAUCGGAGCAACACCCCAACUGGUAGUGAACUGGACGAAGAUGAAAUGAUUGUCUCUGAGUCGGAGGAUAGUAAUGAUUCUUGGACUACAGAGGAAUUCAGUUCAGAGUUCAUUAUGAGAUAUGGGAGCAGGCAUUCCGGAUCGAGUAAUGGGACACCAGGGAAUGAGAAACCAUUCGCAUGUCCUGUUCCCGGAUGUAAAAAGCGAUACAAGAAUGUCAAUGGCAUAAAGUAUCACUCCAAGAACGGCCACAAAAAGGAUGGCAAAGUUCGUAAGGGUUACAAGUGUCACUGUAACAAGAAGUACAAAACUGCCCAAGGACUGAAGAGCCAUGCAUUAGUGGCACACAAUACGUCACCCGACAAUGUUUCCAAUGUUAUUGUACGCAGCACAUCACCCUCACAGUCGCUAGGCUCGCUUAGUCCGUCGAGUAUCAGCAACAUGUCCAGCAGCAAUGGCAGCUGUAACAACAUUAACCAGAGCACGAACGGUAACUGCAUUACUCAGGCACCUCCGCCACCUUCACUUCAACAGCAACAGCAACAAAGUCAGCAACAAACUCCACAGGUUAACCAUCUGACAAAUGGUGGUAGUAUACAACAGCAACAACAACAACAGCAGCAACAUACGUCUAUUACCACCACGAAUAGCAUCAAUCAAUCUGUUGCGGGUUCCACGGUUGCUGCUGCCAAUCAUUUAAUGCGCGGCAACAUUGGUCUCAUCUCCAUUAAGUCAUCAUCCAAGCCCAAUACGACGAAUCUUAUAGCGGCCAAUGUGACCGCCAGUAAGAUUCUGAAAUUAGCAGCGGCUUCAGCUGCUGCCAGCGGCAAUGAGGGCACCACAGCAAUUUUGGAAAACGAGAGCCCCCUGCCUCAUGGGAGUGUAAUUCAUUCGAAAACAAAUGCCACCCCUUUUGCUACAGAAAGUAUCGGCUCUGAGCAAUGUGAACAACCUUUGUCAUGUUAAUUAUUUUUUUUUUAUUUUAAUUUUUAGUUUCUUUAUUAUUAUUAUCUAUUCUUUUUCUUUUUGUUAUUUAAAUUAUAAUGAUGUAUAUUAUAUUAUUAAAAAAAGAAAACUAAAUAAUACACAUAUUUAUACAUACUAUAACUUUCGAAAAGUUCUUAUUUAUUUCUACAUAAUUUUUAAACAUAUUAUAAUUAAUUAAUAGAUUUAUUAAUAUUGUAUAUACAUACUUAUGUUUCUUCUAUUCAUGAUUGUUUCCAUUUAAAUUUUCCUUUCUCCUAUUUUUCGCAAAAUACUAUAUAUACACGUAAAAUGAAAAUGAAAACAAAAACAAAAAAAAAAGAGCUUUAUAAUGUGUAUGUAUGGCAAAAAUGGGAACUCUCCCUGAAUUGUAUUAUCCUUAAAUAUUAAUAAUAAUUAAAAACAAAUAGGCAAAUUUACACUAACCAUAAUGAAAAACAAAAAAAAAAUCUUAUUUUCUGUGUUGUUACAUUGGAAAUUAACAAAACUAUUAUUAAUUGUAUAAAAAUGUAAUUUUCUGAAGGGUUAUUCUUCACCUAGUCACUAUUUUAUUAGGUAAUUCAAAUCAAACAAACAACAAAAACAAAAAUUUACUGAAAUUAGGCGUAUUCCCAUUGUAUUAUUGUUAGAGCUUAAUUUGUUUUUAUUUAUCCUUUUUAAUUUAAAACAGAAAGAACAAAAUUUGUUUGUUAAACUCCCAAACCCCAAUUUUUAUGUAAAUCUAUUACAAUCUUUUGUGUUUUUUUAUUUUAUCAUAGUUUUAAACUUGGCUGAUAAUAAUAUUUUAAUAAGUUAUUCUUAAAA